CAACAUAAAGGAUCUUAGAGUGAUUAUUGUUGCUAUUAUUUAUUUAAUUACAGUAAUUAGUUCCUGGCGCACAAAUGAAAAUCCGCACACGGACUGUAUAAAAUGAUUUAUGAAACGAUUGCUACACCCGCCUCAGCGCUGAGAAAAACAACACCACGUGACCUCGCCGCUCGAAGCGCGUUCGUGUUGAGCCACCGUUCGGUUCGUUCUGCCUCAAUAACAACACAGAAAAGCCUUAACGUCUUUUCGCCUAAACACCAGGGCUCCCAGCGCCGCCCUUCUCCGCCGCGCCGCCACUGCAGCCUCCCGCGUCGGGAACGCUCCGUGAAGUGAACGCCGAGCCGCGUUCAGACAUGCGCAGAGAGGAAUGACGCCGCAGAACGGGCGUGGUUUGAAUCUAAUCUAAACGCCCGCACAAUAACAGCAGCCAAACCGUUCCAAUAUCAACAACAGACGUAAAUUACAAUAAACGCUUCACGAUAAACGCCUCGCGAGCGGCAGCGGCGGACCGAGCAUGUCUGCACACGGUUCUCUAUUAUAGGUCGGUGAUCCAGGCACUUGUUGUAAUUAUUUGAUUAUAGCCUCAACGCCAUGAAUACACUCUUUAGCAGAGUAAACGAACGAGAGGAGAGGAGCGUUUCGCGUGGACUGAAGGCCGCGGCCGAAGAGGACAGCCUCGAGAGCAUGGACAAGGACAGGUCCAGUCCCCUCAGCGACAGCACGAUGUCUGAGGGGAACGAUGAAGUUCUUAUUAAUGAAAUCACGCAUGAAAUACCACACGAUGAGGCAGAGAGUGUGAUUUCGACCGAGAUAUACGGAGCUGACCUGCAGAGAACUCUGGGAGAGAUCCUUGCUUACUGUCAGGUUACGUACGGAGCCAUUCUGAAACUCGAUGAGAAGUUUGAGAUGCUCCAGGCGAAGGUAGCAAGCAUCCAGCCCAGUCUCUACAAUCCAGCUGUCCACUCUCAGAGGACGUAUCUGUCAUCCAGAGACAGAGACAGCUGCCAGGCCAAGUCUGAAACCAUGAGUGGAUGUGAAGCGUCAAUGCCCCACCUGGUUCAUAUUUCCUCCACGUCUCCUCUUCCGUCUGCGGAGAGCAGGAAACCUCCCACACUCUCCCCCGGCCCAGAGGUGCCCAGCCCUCCUCCGCUUGUUAUCCAGAGCCAGUCACACAUCUCGGUCAACACCGCUGCUCCAGCCCACACGACGCAAGAAGCUUUCAGCAGGAAUAAAAUGACUCUGAUGCAGCAUCUUCAGCGAUUGAAGAGACCUGCUGAAAUGAGCUCAGAGAUCAGUGACCCAGCCUCAACCGCAGAUCUGACCAAUACGAGUUGUCUGGGCGGCUCUGACAGGAAGGUGUUCCUCUCCAACUGUAUCCUACAGAGGGCUGGUAAAAUGGCACGACCCAGCGCGGCGGUGCGGUACCUGUCCAGAAACAUCUUCACAGCGCAGGAACUCUCUCAAAGCAGCACCACUGGAAACACAAAGAGACGCCUGAAGAGGCUCGACCCAAACAAGAUCGCUGCCAUCAGAGAGUGGGCGGUAAAGAGAUAUCCAAAAUCUGACCUUCGUGAGAAAGGCAAAGACUGGAAAAUGUGUCUGUCUGUAAUCAACUCAACGGCCCGCUACUAUCGCUUCAUGGACAAGACGCGGAAAGUAAGAUUAAAACUGAAAGUAAAGGAAAGAGCAAACCUUGAGAACGGGACAGAAUCAGCCCCUACGGCAGCGGCAGAGAUUGACGUCGAACUGUCCGACAGCGACACGGAGCAGGAAACACUGCUGAGCCACAUCACAGAUGAUGAUCACAGCAUGCCCACAGACUGGGACUCAAACAACGUGUAUCUUGGCCCCCCUCAUCGGGACGUGAAGGUUCCCGAGUUUGCCUUGUCUGCAGCACAUCUGCGAACGCGUCCUGAACUCAUCGCCCGAUACCUCAUUAAGUUCAUCUUCCCGGAGGAUGUGCUGGUGCGCAGUAACGUGUACGGCGGCGUGCGGCGCGGCAUCCAGGCCCUCGAUCACAACAAGAUCUCCGCGCUCCGAGAGCACCUGCUGGAGCGCUUUCCCUGGAUGAGGCUGGAGGAAGACGGAAGCGACUGGAAGGUUUGCGUAGGCGCUAUAAACAGCACCAUCCGCAAGUUUCGAUACGAGCGCAAGAUGGGCAUCAAGAGAGGGAUACGGUAGUGCUGAGUGUCUGAUUAAAAACUGCUCUGUGAUACGGAGGUGGCAGCUUUUUAUAUACUAGUGCUGAUAAAUUAAUUGCGAUAAAUUGCAUCCAAAGUAAAAGUUUUUGCUUACGUAAGCGUAUAUAUAUACACACACAAAGUACAUACGAAUAUAUAUACGAACAUGCAUAUAAGGAAAAUUAAAUGCAUUUACAUAUAAAAACGUAACAAAAUAUACAUGGAAUUGUGGGUAUUUAUAUACAUACUGAACAGUACACGCAUAAACUUUUUUUUGGAUGCAAUUAAUCAUUUGACAACAUUAGUUCAUUAAAAAUGCUCUCAGUAGCCGUUAUUGGCUGUUUUUCGAGAAUGCGUUAUCAGUAUUUAAUUUAAUUUGUGAUUCAUACUGGUUUUAUUUUGAUAUUAUUUAUAAUUUUUCAACAGGAAAUCUGAAAAAAGACUUUAUUUGGCAAUAUAUAAAAAAUGUACAGUAAUAUAUAGAUGUUUAAACAAAAAAAAUGGUUAAUAUAUGAAUUUUUUAAGAAAACAAAAAGAAACAAAAACAAGUUAAUAUAUUACACAUCUAAAACCUCUCUCUCCGUUGAAACUUAACUACAGAAGAGUGAACAAAAAGACAUCUGUUGUCCGAACAGAGAGUUAUGAACGCUGUAUCCACUGAUUAAAGUGAAUAAAACUGGUUAUGUUGUUGCA